UAUGUUCUGUACCAAAUGUCACUGCCUAUUUCUAGUCUCCUCCAGCUUCACCUCCCAACUUCCUCCCAACGACCUCUUUCUCUCUCUCUCUCUCUCUCUCUCUCCUUCACAAUAUUGCGAGUUCUCUACGAUCUGAACGGGGUAUAUAAUAUCGGGAAAGUUUCAUUCUCAGAGCUCAAUCUGGCAGAUAAACACACCGAUGCUUCUGCUCCAGGAAUUUUUUUGGUGAAGCUUGUAAAGAGAAGAAGUUGCAGGGGAUAUAACUCUGGCCCACUCUCAAGAGAAUUCUUCUCGCUCUCUGAGGUGGGUUUCGAGGGUUCGCCUCAAUAUUACUUCCAUUUCCGGUCAGAUUUCUUCGCCGUCGUUGUCGUGGCUGUCUUUGUCCACUUGGGCUCUGUCACUGGUUUGGCGGUUGCCCAUUGAUUACGGCUAACUUUUGAUUCAACCCCGACUCUUCUUGUGAAGAAUCCCCUUUUUAUCAUCUGUUUGAAACCUCAAUUUUAAUCCAUUGGAGGACAUGUGAGUGUGGAAAAAAGGAGGAAGAAAAGCCCCCAAAAGAAAAUUGAGCUGUUCUUAUUCCGUGCAAAGGAUUUUGAGUGAAUUGACCCAUCAUCUAAAAUGGCAAAAUUCAAUUGCUUCUGUUCACCGGUUGGGAAGAAGAAGAAGAAUAAGGGAGAUAAGAAAUCUUUAAGUGCUGUUAAAACCUUGCCACUGAGACUUGAACACCCAGUGAAAUCUUCUACCAAAACUGAGGACUUGAAAUCAGUUUCUUGUGUCUCGAUACCUUUUGAAAUACAAGGGAGUUCUAGGUGCAACAAGAUAAUGAAUCUCGAGAGUCCUGUCAAACACAAUGAAGUAGAGGUAGCUUAUGAAGGGGAAGAUGAGCACGAUGACAAUUUGUCAAUGAAGAGGGACUACUCUGAUUUUGAUCUCCAAGCGCGUGUGUCAAAUGAAGGAAAUGAUCAAUCAAUGAACCAGAAGGUGAAUUCUUUUGGGUCAUUUGAUACCAAGACAGAUGACCAAUUUGUGAAUAAAAUUGAGAAACUUGCUGAAGAGGGUGUUGAUAUGAUGCAAAGUGGACAUGUUAGCGAUCCGGGGAUUGGGAAGGCAGAGUUUUGGGCCUCUCCAAAGCUUAAGCGCUCUUGCUCUAAUUUGGAGACGGACUACAUACUCAAGAAGAUGUCUGAUCAGUUGCCUCUUAAGAAUUCUCAGUCUUUCGAAGAAAUGCACAGAAUGGCUGAAAAGUUGAGGGAUGACAUUGUUUUGGGGAAUCAUGGCAGCCCAAGGUCUGAAACUACACAUUUUAGUGCUGACAAAGUGAUGUUGAAGAAGCAUUCUUCGAGUCAAAUACUACCCUCUAGGAGUAGAAGACUCUGGUGGAAAUUGUUUCUUUGGAGCCAUAGGAACCUGCAAACCCCACGGACUGCGAAACCACCAACGCCUCCUAUUAAGCAUGCUUUGAACCAACAGGGCGGAUACUCUUCAGAUACUCUGGAACCAAGUAGAUAUAUGGAGUUAAGCAAGUUGGAAUCACCCAGAUCAUUCACCAAAGAACCGUUGAACAGAGACAAAGGCAACAACGCCUACCAGAGCUGGGAAGCUUUUCAGGGUGGAGUUUCUGGUUUGUUGACACAGAACCAGUGGGUUGCUUUCCCUACUGAAUCGUCAUUAACAAGGGUGGACGAGUGGGUGAAAGAACUUGCAACUCAAUCUCCUCCCCGGGUUAACGAUGAUGACAACAGUUAUGGUGGCAUUGCCCUCCCACCCUCUCCCAGUGCUGGUGGGAGAAGCACAUUUCGGCAUCAAGAUAUGAAUCUUCCGGAGGAAAUUGUACAUGCCAAUAAUGUUAUCCAGUCACUGAAUUCUUCCUCAAAGGUGGCUCACAUAUCGGGAAUCGGGUUGAAAGUUAUCCCCACCAUUUCACGCUUCUCUAGUCUUCGAUCUAUCAACUUAUCAGGCAACCUAAUAGUUCAUAUUACUCCUGGUUCUCUGCCAAAGGGUCUUCACACCCUCAACUUGUCCAGAAACAAAAUCAGCACAAUUGAAGGCUUUAGAGAAUUAACUCGGCUGCGUGUACUGGAUCUCAGUUACAACCGUAUUUCUCGAAUUGGGCAGGGGUUGUCAAAUUGUACACUGAUCAAGGAGCUAUACAUUGCCGGUAACAAGAUCAGUGAUGUUGAGGGACUGCAUAGGCUCUUGAAGCUGACUGUCCUGGAUUUGAGCUUCAACAAAAUAACUACAACGAAAGCCCUUGGCCAGGUUGUGGCUAACUACAACACCCUUGUAGGUUUGAAUCUGUUGGGGAAUCCAAUCCAGAGCAAUAUAAGCGAUGACCAACUGCGCAAGGCGAUUUGCAGUCUUCUCCCUAAGCUAGUUUACCUCAACAAACAACCAAUCAAUCCACACAAGGCACGAGAAGUGGCUGGGGAAAGCGUUGCCAAAGCUGCACUUGGAGGGAACAACAAUUGGAGCUCCCAUAGAAGAACAGUGAAAAGGGUGAGUAGUGUAGGUGGAUCAUCUUCCUCCACUGCCUAUAGGAGCAGUGCCAAUGUUGCCCAGAAAAGCAAGCACAGGUCGAAAAGCGCAUCUCGCCACCACUCAACCCUAAAGACCAAUAAAUCAUCUGCUGCACUUGCUUCUUCAUCUCACAUUCUUGGAGAAUCUAAUCUACCUUGAGAAUUCAAGGUACAUUUGAGGGUGUUAAUUUUUUGUUUGCAUUUCGACAAGCAAAAGAUGGAAGUUAGUUUGGAGGCUGAUAACUACUGUCUUCCUUGUAAUUUGAGUUCAAUUGGUUUGUUGCAAUUCAAUGUUAAAAAUGUCUCCUGUAUGGAUUUGCUGUAAUGUAUUAGAAACAUCAAAUUUCCAUGGCAUGUUGAUUUUUUCCAA